UUGAGACACUGAAGAAGAUUAAAAGACAAUGCAAUUAGAUGAUGUGGAGUUAGAGAAACAUGUGGAGACGACAUCCCGUGAGAGCAGGACGGCCACAAACAGCCCAAAACGUCUGUCACACUCUAUUGAAGAAAUACUGAAAAAACCUGUCCGACCUGACAGAACAGACAAGAAACUUAAAACAUCUGGAUGUACACAGACCGAGAUAAAGACGGACACUCCUAAAAUCAGUCCAUACACAGCUCGUCGGUCAGGGCGCAGACGGGUACGGACCACGUUCACCGUGAGCCAGCUGGAGGAGCUGGAGAGAGUUUUUCAGGAAACACACUAUCCUGACGUUCACACCAGAGACCAGCUCACCUGUCGAACGCAGCUGUCUGAGGGAAGAGUUCAGAUCUGGUUCCAGAACCGGCGGGCGAAGUGGAGGCGCAGUGAAGCUAAAGCAGCACACAGACCGCUAACCGAGCUGAGAGAUGCAAAACACACUCACUCUCUGUAG